AGUGAGCUACAGUUACGUACAACGAACAUAUCGUUACUGCUGUGGUACCACACUCACACACGCGCCGAGGAGAGAGAACUGAGCACCCACACUCAGUACCGUAGGCAUAGCGAGGCAGCUGUUCCGAUCGUCAGCAUUAGGCACGUUUCAGGGGGGUUGCUGAGGAUUGUAGAUUGCCAGAUUCAAGAUGCGGCAAGCUCGGAUACCAAGCAUCAUCUACAACAAGGUCGGCGGCGGUGCCCCAGGGGAUGAUCCAGGUUAUUUUGGAGUCCCUCCAGGGGCUUCACGUGCUGUGACAGCGGCAAGACUAUGUAUUGUGUUGUCGAUCGUCAUCCACACGAUCAGCCUCUUCGUGGAAGGUUGGUAUUGGCCUUGGCAGCGGAACGCUGCCUUUGGCGUCUUCGCGGUGGGCGGCCUUGUCCUGUGCAUCUACGACCAGUACAUGUACGCCAUAGGCGGCAUAGGAUUCGCUGUAUGUGCGCUGUUCGACCUCUUCGCCGUUUUGCGAUGGAUCACGGAUGACGAAAAUAUUGUCGACGGCGAUGGCUCCUUCGACGGAUCGAGCGAAGGCACCACUGCCCUCUGGUACGCCUUGCCCCCUUUUUUCGGAGCCAUCGCGAUGGGCCUGGGUGCUAUUUUUUCCUUCACUGCGGUGUUCUUGUGGGAGGACGGUGAUGGCACGGCCGUGCCCCACGAGAGCAAGACCGUGGAGCUCGGACUAGCACCGCUGGCUGCGCGCCCAGGGACGCCACCCCGCGCGUACUACCCACAGUCGCCACAUCCGGUAUAGCGACAACCUGUUGUCUUCGGCAAACGUGGUGGCCGGUGGUUGCCACGAGGAUAAGAUCGUGGCAGAUAUAACCAGUCUUGUUUGCAAGGCCACGGGCGAUGAGCCGCCCAAUGGUAUCGUCGUUUGGCAACGGGACACUCCCGCCGGGGGUGCUGUAGACCAUGUAUCGGGUAGGUCGUUGGUGGAUGUUGGUGGAUCACCCGUUUUGCCACGUGCCGCAUGGGUAGUUAUUGCCUUCGUGCCUUCGAUUCAGUAGCAUUUUGUGGUGGGCAGGUGUAUGACAGAUGUAUAUAACUCUCGUGGUAGUCACUGUUCGACCAGCUUCUGUACUUGUACACACGUACUGCCUUCUAGCGAGAACAUUACAUAUGCAGUACUAGCAUUUGUCACGGACAGUAAUUCAAUCAAUGAAGAAAGGAAGACGAGGCAUUUUGACAAAGGUGGUGCCCGGCCGAAUCUAUCCCUGGUUUGCGGAGCCGGCGUGGUCGCGUCACUAAGAAAAAUCACAUAGCACCAUCGACUGGACGUUCGAAUGCUUACCCGAGGUCACCAGGGUUAAUGCCGAUGCCAGGUACCAGAGGUCGAGUCUUGCCACUUGUUUGUUGCGAGGGCAGUACGGCCCUUUGUUGCGGAUUGUGUUGAUUUGAGUAGAAUCGAAAUCCCGACGGCGGGUAGCCGUUAGAUUUCCAGACGCACUGGCUUUUGUGUGCUCGUUCUGGGUUUUCUCGUGGUAAAUCGACGCCUGGUACUCGGGUGGUGAAAUUCGCACGGAAUUUUCUACUAUAUGACUGACGUGUUAGACCAUUCCCACGACCAUACGUUUUGGCCCGAUGAGGUCGUAGCCGAGCAGGCGUGUAGAGCUACGAAUCACGUACAGGUACAACCUAACGGUAGAGCAGGAGACACCUCCACCGACACCCCCGCCGGAUGCCGUAUUCCCUCAGGCUCAGGAGGGGUACGUUCAGGCUCAUUUUGCGUCAAGCGUUGUGCAGACGAUGCUGUUGUUACUGCUUCGAAGUGAAUUGGACGCCAAACGGUGCACAGCAGUGCAAAGUCACGUUGGCAUCCUGUGCUCCGGAUCAGUGCAGCGUGUCCUGUAAUCGCCCCCUCCCCCCCGGUUGUCCACCGCACAAGCUGGCUUCGAUGCAGACCGGGUUGUUUGCGUUGGUGCGGGAAGCCGAUACGGUAAGUAUGACCCUUUCGGUUCCCACCGACAAGCUAGAACGCCUACGUGCCACAAUUCAUGAGUGCCCCGAACACACGCCAGUUUGAGCAUCUACGUCCGACUGGACAGGCGUGAUCGGAAAGUUUUUCCUGAAUGUGAAGUACCUGGUAGUGCAAUCUGGUCGAUAGCUUGCUCGUUGCAUGCUCGGUCAGUUAGGUUGGCUCCGGUCGUCAGCGUGAGUUCCAAACGACACCGAUAAGGAUAGGUCCCGAGUGUCUUGCAGAUAUGCGGAGACUUUCGAGCCUGAUUGUCGAAUGGGGGCUGGGUUCGCGGGCGUGGAUGGACGAGCACCUUUACAUGUAAUUCGUUCUUCGCACAGCCAUAUGUUCGUUUCGUGCCUCAUACGGUCAGACGCGUCCGGAGACGCGAUGGGGAGGGGGGUCUUUGCGGCCUGGGUUCCGCUGGGCAGACUUUGGUGGCAUUUCAAUUUUGUGGACGGGUGAAGGGGCUCGCUAGCUUUUGUACUAGUACACUCGAAUUACUGGCAAAGUGGUAUGCGCGUGGGUGCUCAUUGUGCAACCCGACAUGCGGCGGGAGUACGCGCGGAAUAGUGUAGUGUACGUAUGGUGGGAGACAACUCUCACAGUGUUUCAUGGGAAAACAAGUACCGGGGGGGGGCUCGUUCGGCGGCGCUCAUGUGUAUCCCGCUUAGAUAUUGGCCUCGGGUGGUGAUUGGAGGCGUCACACGUUAGUUGGAGGUGUCAAAAACAUGAAUGAUUGCGGACAUGAUAUUUCGCGAUGGAAGACGGAGUCCUUUCUACGAAUGUUCUCGUCUGGUUGCAUGGCGUAACCUGGACUAGUCUUGGGCCCCGAGAGGCCGUCGAACUCCACCGGAGUCAAUUCUUGGCCGCGAGAGCGUCCGCGAGAUUCAGUUGCGCAGUCGUCUCGAAUAACGUACCCGUCGGGUUGGAGGACACAGUGUGCUUUUCUGCGAUUGAUCAAAGACACCGGGUCCGUCUUGGCUGAGGAGCAUGGGGGCAAUGAUAUUUGCAAGCCCUCGUGGCCUUUGCGGCGUGGUGGUGUGCGACAAGGGUAACAUGGCAAUGAUCAUCCUCAGGAAAGUUUGCCGCGGUACAGAACUACCGGUACAGAACUAUCACCGGGUUGACAGACAGGUACAUUUGCCUACCGAUGCGCCCAUUGGUUGGGAUUCGCACGCACUCGUGCGCAAGCUGUUGCGAAACGCCGGAUUUGUGUGCCGUUAUGCUGGGAGAUCGACGUUGGGGACAGCAGUUGGUGCUGGGGACCGGGCAGUCGGGUGUAUAUUGUGGGUAUGCUUUGACGUUGACGCAAUGUUCUGGCGGCACGAUCAGACAAGAUCUAUCUUUGCCUCGACGUCGGGCCGCGGGCACCGGAUGGAUGAUUGCCCUGCGGCGGGAAGACUUCCAGAUUUUAUUAGAUGAGCGAGCAUUGUCUGCGUUGCAUUGGUUCAGGACCACGGGUGUUCGGAUUCGGUUUCGCGGCCACGAAGGAGAUGCAUCGGAGCAGGGAUCGUACGUGGCGACGAAGCACGAGGUGAGCGUUCUCAGAUCAACAUCGGUGACGGUGACGUCGCGAUGUCGGUGGAACGGUGACGCGCCAUCCCCUAUUUGCCUCGGAACGCCCCCCCUGCAUUCGCUUCCCUGCAGUUUAAGUCAAGGUUAAGGUUUUGCGGUAUUCCAAGGCCCUGCAUAUCCUUCGCCAGAGCAUAGAGAGGACUUGUGGUGACGCUAGACAGGUCGGCUUGCAUUCGGUGCGAAUCGGAGCAGCAACAGUGCUGGCAGCGGGGGAAGAUGGACCUGAUAGAGUAAUGCAGAGAGAGGGAAGAUGGCUGGAGGCUCGGAAUAUAAUACGGAGGACGUAGACAUGGCGUCCCGUAAACUACCGAAGGUGAAGAAGAUGGUGCAGAGAAAAAGUCAAGAAAUUCACGAAAUUAGGCCAGGGCAACAAGAAACAGUCUCACUAAACCUCGGUGUUAGUGGAUGUCAAUGGCAGAAUACCGCUAGGGGUCUUGGUAUUUAAGACGGUGUGUGUUAAACGCGGCUAUUAAUAGUUCACAAGGAAGGGAAACUUGCUUCUUGAAUGAGAGAGGGAAGCGCCUGUUGUCGCCCUCUCGAUAGAUAUGAGUGAGAUACCUACCUUCCAGACGUUAGAAAACAUAAGAAUAAAAAUGAAACAAUAAUGAC